AUGACCGACAGCAAGCCAGUGGAAUUCAAAAAACACACAUCGAUUGCGAUUUUCGGGGCGUCCGGCGAUUUGUCCAAAAAAAAAACGUUCCCUGCACUGUUUGGGCUCUUCAGAGAAGGUUAUCUGGACGCCUCAUGCAAGAUCAUAGGGUUUGCCCGUUCCAAGCUGUCAGAUGAGGAUCUCAGAGGGAAAAUAGAGCCAUUUUUGAAAAAACCUAAUGGCGACAAAGACUCCGAGAAGGUGAAGCAGUUCUUGCAAAUGGUAACGUACAUCUCUGGUCCUUACGACGAGAGCGUCGGGUACGAGAAACUGCGCAAGGAGUUCGAAGACCACGAAAAAAGCAACAAGCUCGAGCACCCCAACCGGUUGUUUUACCUGGCACUUCCUCCCAGCGCUUUUGUCGCUGUCUGCACGCAGAUCAAGGAGGUAGCAUAUGCAAAGGACGGACACAACAGAGUCGUUGUAGAAAAGCCUUUUGGUCACGAUUUGAGCUCAUUCCGUGAGCUGCAAAACGAUCUCGCCCCACUUUUCGCAGAAGACGAGCUUUUCAGAAUUGACCAUUAUUUGGGAAAAGAAAUGGUCAAGAACUUGGUGUUGAUGAGAUUCGGUAACACAUUCUUGAACGCUGCAUGGAACAAAGAGAAUAUCCAAAACAUUCAAAUCUCGUUUAAGGAGCCCUUUGGAACCGAAGGUCGUGGUGGUUAUUUCGACGAGAUCGGUAUCAUAAGAGACGUGAUGCAAAACCAUCUGCUGCAGAUACUGACUUUGCUUACCAUGGAACGUCCUGUGGGCUUUGACGCCGAAUCUAUCCGUGACGAAAAGGUUAGAGUCCUCAAAGCGUUCGCCCCAAUCGACUAUAAGGAUGUUUUGACCGGUCAAUAUGGACCAUCUGAGGAUGGUUCCAAACCCGGGUACUUAGACGACGAAACCGUGGACCCCAAGUCCAAGUGUGUCACAUUUGCGGCCAUCGGAUUUAAAAUUCAGAAUGAGCGCUGGGAUGGUGUUCCUAUCGUCAUGAGGGCUGGUAAAGCCCUUAAUGAAGGCAAAGUCGAGAUUAGAAUCCAGUUCAAGGGUGUUCCGUCCGGCGUUUUCAACGAACAGAUUGCUCAUAACGAACUAGUCAUCAGAGUCCAACCUGACGAAGCGAUCUACCUAAAGGUCAACAGUAAGACUCCAGGUUUGUCCACCAGCAGUCAAGUAACAGAAUUGGACCUGACAUAUGCAAGACGCUACAAGAAUUUUUGGAUUCCAGAGGCUUACGAAGCUUUGAUAAAGGAUGUCAUGAAUGGUGACCACUCUCACUUUGUAAGAGAUGACGAACUGGAUGUCAGCUGGAAGUUGUUCACUCCUCUGUUGAACCAUUUGGAAGGUCCAAAUGCUCCAACUCCAGAAACAUACGCGUAUGGAUCUAGAGGCCCCAAGAAUCUUGUGAAAUUCCUCGAAGAGCACAAUUAUGUUUUUGAGGACCGCAAUCUGUACCAAUGGCCUGUGGCUACACCAGAGAUGUCCGAAAACGCUCCAAAGAUGUAA